CAUGCUCUCGACUCAACGCUACGUCAGCAGUGCAACUGAAAGAUGGCGGUGUCCAUAGUAAAGUGCCUCACUGCUGAUGUGUAUUUAUUAAUAUUAUCUGUAUUGUUACGUCCUAUUUAUGCCGAAAUUAUUGCUGGCAGUUCAACGGGUGGAGACACGCCGCAUCGACGGUUUGAAUACAAGUAUAGCUUCAAAGGACCGCACUUGUCUCAAAGCGACGGCAGCGUACCCUUUUGGGUCCAUACUGGAAAUGCUAUUCCCAGCUCAGACCAGAUCCGUAUCACUCCAUCACUGCGGAGCCAGAAGGGUUCGGUGUGGACCAAAAACACUGUCAAGUUCCAGCAUUGGGAGGCUGAGGUCACCUUCCGCGUGGCUGGUCGUGGGAGGAUGGGAGCGGACGGUCUGGCGAUGUGGUUCACAGAAAGCCAGGGCUUGACAGGGCCUGUGUAUGGCGGAGCGGACCAGUGGAACGGAGUUGGUAUCUUCUUUGACUCCUUCGACAACGAUGGAAAGAAAAAUAACCCUGCCAUCCUCGUCAUUGGCAACAAUGGAAACCUUGUUUACGACCAUCAGAAUGAUGGAUCAACUCAGGCCUUGGGCACAUGCUUAAGGGACUUCCGAAACAAACCCUAUCCAGUCCGUGCCAAAAUCACCUACUACCAGAAGACAUUAACGAUCAUGAUCAAUAAUGGUUUCACCCCAGAUAAGGACGACUAUGAGUUCUGUGCUCGUGUGGAGAACAUGGUCAUCCCAGCGGAGGGCUUCUUUGGCCUCUCAGCAGCUACUGGAGGUUUAGCAGAUGACCAUGAUGUCCUGUCCUUCCUUCUGUUCCGUCUAACAGAGCCUGGCCAGGAACUGCCUGAAGCUGAACAAGAAAUUCCUAAAGAGGAGAAGGACAAAUACCAGGAGGAGUUUCUGAAUUUCCAACAAGACCUGGACAAGAAGAAGGAGGAGUUCCAGAAGGAGCACACAGAUGUUCAGGGCCAACCCUUUGAGGAGCAGUAUGAGAGUGUGAAUGACCGUGAGAUCCGGCAGGUGUUUGAGGGUCAGAACCGCAUUCACCUGGAGAUCAAGCAACUGAACCGGCAGCUAGCCAUGAUCCUGGACGAGCAGAGACGCUACGUGUCCGUCAUCACCGAUGAGGUGUCCAAACGUGGAGCGCAGACCCAGUCCGGCCAGGUUCCCAGUCAAGAAAUAGACACCAUCCUUUCAACACAACGUGAAGUUCUGAAUGGCCUGAACGAUAUGAAGACCUCUCUGACCGCCUCUCUGAAGCAGGUGGACUCCGGAGCCCAGCCGGUCCAGCAUGGCGGGGCGCUGAGCAGCUACGAGACCAUCCAGCACUUCAACGAGAUCAAGGAACACCUGCACGUGGUCAAGAGAAACGUUGAUCACAUCAUCCAGAAACAGCCAGGUCCGAGUGAGAAGGUCCAGAAGUGUCCAGAGCUGCCCGCUAUGCCCUCCUGUCUGUCUCCCACUCAUUUUGUGGUGUUUGUGGUCAUCCAGUCCAUCCUGUUCUUUGGAUACAUCAUGUACAGGAGUCAACAAGAGGCAGCUGCCAAGAAAUUCUUUUGAUAAUUGACAAUAUCUCACUAUUCUCAAGCACACAUUAUGGACCAGAGGGAAUAUUAUUUUUUUGUUAAUGGUUUUCCUUUUUUGUUAAUUGCUGGUUUGUUUUGGCCGUAAAUGGUAAAUUAUUGUACUUGAAAACUGAAGUAUUUUCCUUGAGAAACGUUUUUUUUUUUUUUUUUUAAUUCCUGAGUUUUAAUUUGUUUUGAAAUGCACAGAGAGUGAAUGAGUACAUGCUGCAAUGAAUGUGUGUUCCUUAGGAUUCUCAAAGAAUUAGAUGUAUUAUAUUCUUUCAGAUAUUGAGAUGACAUGAAUGGAAAUGUAUCCUCCCCAGGCUAUAUUUCAGUGAGCUCUGCCUUCAAGAUUUGAACCACUGUCCCGUCUCAAGCAUUGACACCUGUGGUUUAUAAGAUUUGCAUGUGACAGCCAUAUUGGCAAGGAUCACAAUCAUGACCGAAUAUUCUGAAUGUGUAUUUUUGUAUGAUUGAAGCGUUGAAGAAAAUUUACAAUUUACAUAAACAGAACACAAACCAAA